CUUGCGCGCACGGGCUCGCCAACCCCCCCCCGCGGCCACCAAAAGCCGCGCACCACGAGGUCGCUCCUUUCCCAGGGUCGCUCUUGCGUGUAGUCAGACAGAGCAGCUUCCGAAGCCGGUUUUGGUUCAAGGCAGUUGGCGCUCGAGGCGUCCUGGCGCGCAGCGUAUAAUCAGCUCUGGCGAGAGAUGGCGGCACCAAGGCGUACCUCCUGCCUCCUCAGCGCCGCGCUGCUCAGCGCCGGCCUCCUGCUGGCCCUGCAGGGCAGCACGGCCUUCGUGCCGGCCGCCGCGCGCGGCGGCCCCUCGGCCGAGGCAGUGGCCCUCGGCCUGACCGCGCCCGCGCUGCUGGGCGCGUCGGCCGCGGUCGCCGGGGAGCCGCCCAGCGUCGGGGACCACUGGUACUGGGACCUCGGCUUCGGCUCCCUCCACGGCGAGACCGCGUCCAUCAUCCUGCUGGUCUUCUUCCUCUACCUCGGCUUUGCGCUCAUCGGCGCCGGCGGCUCGUCCAGGAAGGCCGCGUGAGCCGCGACGGACCGGCUUCUACGGUCUCGCGGCGUGAGGUCCCCCCUCCUCCGCGGCGGGAGGGGGCGCGGCCGGCCAGCCAAAUGGCGACGCUUUUGUGUGCGCCAUGAGUUUAGCAAGAAAAGACCCGCCGUCCAGACCUGAUGGCGACUCGAGAA